AUGCAUGUCAUUAUCGUUCAAUACACGGACACUUUGCAGCAGGACUGCGUGGAAUGCCUUCACCUCCUGCGUGACAUCUACCCGCUGUGCCGACCCAUGCGAGUAGAUCCGAUUGCUCUUCCCGCGGGCUCAGAACCAAUUGCGUCAAGAUUUGAUGAGACUCUGACGAAACUAAGGACCUUCCAACCGAUCGAAAGCGACCGUCUUGCGGCUUUAGCACUGGACCAGAGACCGGAUCAGGUGGCAUUCCUGGAUGCCGACAUUCUGAUCUUGCGAAACAUGGACGACAUAUUCGACAUUGAACGGCCUGGGCCGGAAUGGAUCUCAGCUCACCAUGCAUGUGCCUGCAACAUCGACAGCGAUCCAAUCGCUCCCCCCGAAUUCUCUAUCGAAAAUUGUCCCUGCACUCCCCUGCGGCACCCGUCAGCUCUGGCGGCACCCAUCCUGAGUCCAGAGAACGAAGCGCAGGAGAAGACGCACCGACUCCUAAACUCCGGUGUCUUUGUCUGUACGCCUUCGAGAGACGUCUGGGAUCGCAUCGGAAACUCUCUGCAAGUGAGUCCAAGUAUCGUGAAGUACAAGUAUCCGGAUCAGGACUUUCUGGUGGAAUUUUUCGCUGAUCGAUGGGUGCCGAUUGGCUGGCAGUACAACGCAGUAAAGCUACAUCGAUAUACUCAUCCAAACAUCUGGCGUGAUGAAGAAGUCCGAGCGUUGCACUAUACCGUCGACAAGCCGUGGGAGAGACGAAACGAGGCAGACGGUACUGCAGGGUACAGGGGCCGGGACGGAUUCACCCACCGGGUAUGGUGGACUCAUUACGAUGCAUGGGCUAAAGAGAUGGAAGCUCACGAUGCAGGGCAUCAGGCUUUGCUCAAUGUGGAAAGAUGUCGAAAUCCCGCAGAUGCAGCUCAAAACAAACUUGGAGGCAGAGAACUCUUAGCUCGACUGGCUGAACAAAGCUGA